AUGGACAUUGGCGCCCAUUGCUCCGUCGCGACGUGCCACCAGCAGGACUUCCUGCCCUUCACGUGCGACUGCUGCCGCCACGUCUUUUGCCUCGCGCACCGCAGCUACGACGCGCACCAGUGCCCAAGCGCCGGCAGUCACGACCGCCGCGUCUUCCAAUGUCCCGUCUGCUCGCAAUUGAUCCACUGGACGGCAGCGCAAGACGUGAACAGUGUGUGGGACACCCACGUUCGAGUCGGUCAGUGCACGCGCGAGAAGCUCCAGCAACAACAGCAGCUGCAGCAGCAACAGCCACAACAGCCGAAGAAGACGAAGAAGAAGAGACGCUGUGCUGCGCAUGACUGUCGCGAAGUGCUGCUCCCGUCCAAUCAGUUUUCGUGCCCAAAGUGUCGGCAGGACGUGUGUCUGCGGCACCGGUUCGAGACGGAUCAUACGUGUGCGAGCGUGCGACAAGUGGCUCGACAGCAGUGGCUCGGACGGCUCGAGACGCCACUGUCGAGUUACUCGACAAGGGCCACGCACGGGGCGACGCCUCAGCUGCCCCGCAACGUACAGCAGACUGCUGCGUCUGUGGUCAAGGGCACCAAGUCGGCAGUGUCGUCGCUCGUGCAGAACGUCAAGAGUGCAGCCAGUAGUGCCGUGACCACAGCGUCCGAGCCAUGUCCCCUAUGUCAGCAGCAGUUCAACGACGUGAGUCUGCUCAUUGCACACGUUGAUCAAGCGCAUGGCGACACGUCUGACUCGACUAACGCUUCGGUCGCUCAAUCUCGAGCAGCUUUGCCGACUGGUGCGUCGCGAGCCGAACGAGAAGUGUGCCCGCAAUGUCGCGCCGUCUUCCCGACGGUGUCUGCACUUAUCCAGCACGCCGAGACUGCACACUCGGGUGCUGCAGUUGCUACAGGACGUGGCCACGACCAGGACAAGUGCAGCAUCAUGUGA